AUGGCUCAAACUAAUGCUGCGCAGUCUAAAACAAUGAAGGCUGUUGUCUGGGAGGGGAAACCCUACGAGGUGGCAGUCAAGGAGGACAUCCCAUUUCCCCGUCUUGAAGCGCCUGAAGAUGCUAUUGUUCGCAUUACAACCUCGGCCAUCUGCGGUACUGAUCUCCAUAACUACCGAGGAUACUUGGGAAGCAGUGAAGUCCCCUACCUGUUAGGGCACGAGGCGAUGGGUAUCGUCGAAGAAGUCGGUGACGCCGUCGACAGCUUCCGGGUUGGUGACCGUGUUUUGAUCUUGCUCAACCCACAAGACGGUCUUUUGGAGAUCAAUCUCGCAUUUAGGCCAACAUACGGUCUUGGAAAAGAUCUAAGUGGGGAUUUGGGUGGCUUGCAAGGUAAGCACCUCCCCCUUCCCUUGUUGACUCCAAAUUUUCUGACAUACAGUUCCCUCCUAAAAAUCCCAAAGAAGUUGCCCGACAAGGAGUGGCUAUUUCUCGGUGACAUUUUCCCCACAGCCUGGGAAGGUCUCACUUGGUCUGGUUUCGAGGCAGGUGACACUGUCGCCAUUUUCGGCGCGGGGCCUGUCGGCCUCCUUUGCGCCUACAGCGCCAUGAUACGCGGCGCCAGUCUCGUGUAUGUCAUCGAUUAUGUUCCGCAACGUCUCGCUAAAGCUGCGGAAAUUGGUGCUGUGCCAAUCAACUUCGCCAAAGGCGGCUCGGCAUCUGAGCAAAUAUUGGCCUUGCAGCCCAAUGGCGUCAACCGCUGCGUCGAUUGCUGCGGUCAAGAAGGGAGUCUCAACGCAGAGCUGAAGCCGCAGCAAGACUAUAUCCUCCGCGAAGCCAUUGCCGUUACCUCUUUCCGGGGCGGCAUCGGGGUUCCAGGUUUAUACUUCACGUUGCCCAAGAGCCCUGGAACCCCGAAUGCGGAUAAGAUGCAAAAAGAGCUCAGCGUUCCUAUUUCUGAUGCAUGGUUGAAGUCUAUUACAAUCAAGUUUGGCAACGUUGAACUCCUUCGCACAUUGCCUGCUUUAUUCAAACUCAUUGACAACGGGAGAGCGCGGCCUGGCUUUGUCGUCACUGCGGAGUUCGACCUGGAUGAGGCUCCCAAAGCCUACACGUUAUUCAACAAGCAACUCGAGAUCAAGACAUUGUUCCGUGGGCCGGGCAAAGAGGGUAGAGACGACUUCGUUUGGGAAGCCCACGAAAACGGAACCAAUGGAAGGUAA